UGAGCUUGGUAUUUUCUCACCAAAGACGAACGGCCACACGCAAGCAGUGAAAAUCCCAAUGAAACGAGAAAUCUAAUAAGUUUUAAGCCUGAAAGUGUUGCAAUUGUUGGUGCAUUUAGCGAUUUAAAGAUAAAGAAUUUCAUAACAAUUGACCGCUGAGCCAGAAAACCCAAAAACUCCUUACAUUUAGCCAUUAAACAUUAAAAAUCAACGGCUGUGCAGCAGCAGGAAGAAGAGGAAGAGAGGUGCGUGGUGCGUAGUUAGUGCGAAAUUGCGUAUUAGGAAAGAAAACAACAAGCAGGGCUGCAAAAGCAACCAAGAAACAUUUCGCAAUAAACUAACAAACGAGAAACAACUCCCACGCAUUGUUGUAUACGCAGUGUGAAUACGUGAAACUGGUUACAUGGGUCCGACAGAUCAAGAUUGGAUUGGCUGUGCGGUGUCUAUAGCCUGCGACGAGGUUCUGGGUGUUUUUCAGGGCCUGAUCAAGCAGAUCUCCGCCGAGGAAAUCACCAUCGUACGGGCUUUCCGGAACGGUGUACCGCUUCGCAAGCAGAAUGCAGAGGUGGUCCUCAAGUGCACGGAUAUCCGCAGCAUCGAUCUCAUCGAGCCCGUAAAGCAGGAUGUAGAUGGCCACACGGCCCCGCCACCGGUGAUCAACAAACCAACGCCCGUCAAGCUGCCCCACUUUUCCAAUAUCCUGGGCAAGCAACAGCAGCUCCAACUUCAGCAGCAGCAACAACAGAAGCAGCGAUUCCAGGAGCAGGAUCAGGAACUUGAUCUCUCAUCCACGCCGCGCUCAAGGACUAACGGCUAUGUGCGAGAAACUGCAGGAGCAGCACCACCAGUACCAGUCGCAUCAGGUUCUUUGGAGGCACGUGGCUCGAAGUUCAUCGAUAGCUUGCGACAUAUAAGACUCCUCGAGACCAACCAAAGAACACCGCAAACAUCCUGUGCGUCCAGUGCACAGCAACAGCCGCAGAUGUCGACGACCCCGAACAGUGUGGCCGCCUUCUUUGGCAAUAUGAUUCCGACGAAAGUGGAGGUUAAAAUGGGCGCCUACGUGGGCAAUACGAGAGAGAGCUACUGCAGCAGCAGCGGGGAUAGUGGCGAGGUGGCUGGGCUGUCUGUGGGAAGCAGCAAACCCAUAGAUAUCGUCAGCAAUGGGGAUGGCUUCUAUAAGCAAACGGCAGCUUCCAGCUACGGAAAUGCAAAUGGCAAUGGCAGAAGGAAUGGCAAUGUUAACAACAAUGUAAAUGGCAACGGAAACGGAUCUUACACCAAUGGAAAUGGCAACGGCAAUGGAAAGAACAAGCGAAACAGGGUUCGUAGGGAGAGCAGCAUGCGCCAGCAACAUGUGCAGCAGACUUUUGGCAGCGAAGCGGAUGACCCACUGAUCCACGAGGAUUUCGAUUUUGAGGGCAAUCUGGCGUUAUUCGACAAGCAGGCCAUUUGGGAUGAUAUCGAGUCUACGCACCAAAAACCAGACGUAGUGCGACACUUAGUGAACAAUCAUCAUCAUCAGCCGGAGCAGAAGUACCGGCACGACGAGAAUAUCCUGGCCAGCAAGCCUUUGCAGCUUCGCCAGAUCGAGAGUAUCUUUGAUGGCAGUCAGGACUUUGUGACGGACGAUGGACUAAUUAUCCCCACGAUUCCGGCAUACGUUCGGAAUAAAAUCGAGAUGAGUGCCGAGAAGGCGGGUCUCUCCUUGCAGAGGCAGUUAGACAUAUUGGCUCGCGGGGCCAGUGACCUGGCCAUCACAUUGCUAGGUGGUGCCAGACGUUUGACGCCGGCCAACAAUCAUCAGUGGCCGAAGAUAGCUAUCAUCUGUGAUGGCGUUAAGAACAUGAGGACAAUUAAUAUUGGAGCAGCCACAGGUCGCCAGCUAGCUUCACAUGGCCUCACAGUGCUGCUGUAUGUGGAGCAGGCUAAACUGUUGGAGCAAAAUAGCAGCAGCGCUGAGAUUUCCUUGUUUAAGGCAACCGAUAAUGUCAUAGUUCACUCAGUAGAUGCUUUGCCCACGCCAGAUCUUGUGAUAUUAUCGACUAACACCGCAAAUCUAUCCGAUGCGAUCAGGAAAUGGCUCAGCGUGAAUCGCGCUUCGGUGCUUGCCAUCGAUCCGCCGCCGUGUGGCAUUAAUGAUGUGGCUAUCAAGUACUCAAUACUACCCAUACUACCAUUAAAUGGCAUAUCAACAGCAACAUCAUCAUCAUCCUCUUCGGCUGCCGCCACACCAACUCCCAUUGCUAGCACUUCGGCAGCGGCAGCGGCAACGGCAACCAAAUCAGGAGUAGUAGCAGCAACAUCAACGAACAAUUGUGGCAAAUUGUAUUUAUGUAAUCUAGGUAUACCGGAUAAAUUCUAUCGUGAUUGUGGCAUUAAGUACAAAAGUCCAUAUGGACAUAAAUAUGUGAUACCGAUUCACUCAAAGGACUGAAACAACGACAACAACAAAAACAAAAACACCAACAUUUACAACAGCAAUCAAACUGUAGCAUCAGAAAUACAAGCAAAACAUUAAAACAAAAGAACAAGCACACACAACAAUAACAAUGACACACCCGCACACUUGUGAUGAUCAUCAAGUCCAGUUUCCUGUGAAUCUAGCUCUUAGUAGUCUUCUCUCAUAUAUUACUAAAGUUAAACUUUUUGUUCUACGGCGCGUACAGAUAUAGUUUUUAGGUUAGUUCAUGCAUCAGCCCCUAAAAUAUGCCUAGUUAUUAUAUAUAUUUUUUCAGAAAUAAUUCAAAGCUGCCCCGGCCAAGUGCCAAAUUAUGAUUAGUUUUCAACUUGUACCCUUUAGAUUAUUUUUUUUUUCAAUUUUAACAAAAUUUAUUUUUGUACAGCCCUAUGCUCUGAAAGCUAGUCCAGCAUUUACAAGUUUCAAAAGCUUUAGUUUAGGCGCACACUUUAAGAAAUUUUCAAAAACAUUUAGUCCAAAAUUCAAAACCCCAUCAGAAUUAUGACAGAUGCUAUGGCCUUAUUUUGAUUUGUAUUCCCUGUCCUUCCCGCAAGUGGUCUUCAUAUACGUAAUCAACAAAUCAGGCGAUAAAUUGUUUGUAAAUAACUAUACAAUUCUAUGGGGAAUGCUAAGAUCAUGUUAAUUAUUAUCAAGUAUGCGCAAUAAAUGCCAAAUUCAAUGUCUAAUUUUAAGAAUAAAAUCAACAGCAAAAGCAACAACUAUUGUACGAUGUAAUAUGGAAUACAAAUCCAAGUAUAAAUCAAAUCAAAUAGUUAAGUUAGUUUCGUAAGCAUAAAAAGUGUUUAAACCUUUAACAGACCAUAACAAACAAAACAACAAUGAUAACAUGAGAAAAACUUUAUAUUAUAUAUAGACGUAUUUAAGAUGUGUCUUUAAGCAAAACUAAACAAAGUCGAGAGCAUAAUUUUUUACCCAUCGAAUACUAAAGAGAAACCACAACACAAUACUUAUACUCUAAACUGUAGAACGAUGAAUUUUAUAUAAGAUUAAAUCCAAUCUAAUAGUGCAAAAUUUUAGAAGGUUGCGACUCAGCAAGUCAACCAAAAACUCAAACAAACAAACAAACAACCCAAAUGAAAACUACUUGUUGUAUAAAUAAUAACUAUAAUUGUAAAGAUACCAACAACACACGUAGAUUCUAAAUUCCAAUCAUGUUGAUGAUCAUCUGCAAAAUCAAUUUCCAAAAACCAUCAAUUUAUAUUGUAAAAAGAGAGUUGAAUGCGGAUUAAUCGGCCGAUAGGCGGAUCCCGCAAUGACUGUUUUGCGUAAGGAUUAGUAGAGAUUGACCAGACCUCAAAGGGAUGUUGGUGGAGAGCGGAUGAGAAGGUUUUCCCAAAUACCACAGUAACAACAACAGAAUUCACAACCAAACGAAUAAACACCAACACAAGAAGAACCAACAGUCCGAGAUUUUUGGUAACGCUUUAAAAAUGAUAAAAACAUCUAUUUUCGGGCCAAUUGAAAUUGUUAAACGAAGAAUGAAAAGUUAAUUUUAAAUUUAUACAUAAAAGACAAAAUUGUAAAGAAAAUUCUCUUUUGGAACAAAAAAUUAAGCAGAAAAAAGAAAGCGGAUCAAAAAAAGAAGAAAACAAAAAGAAAGUCCUUUCCAACGAAACAGCAAUAUUAAAAAAUACAAACAACACCGAGAAGCCUUCUCAUGGAAGAAAACAAA